GCUGCGCCCAAACUUAAAGGCGAUUCCCGAGGCACUUUUAGGUCCCUGCGGUUCAGUGGCUGUCUAGGUUCAGAAACGAAACUGGAUCCCCCGCCCCCCAGCGCCCUGAGGCAGUUUCGAUUUCCUAGGGCCAGCCGGCUAGGCAGCUUUUUCCAUCGGGACUCCUCGGAAAGUCCCCACCGCAUUCAUCUCUGGCGGAUUUGGGGGAGCCAGGGCGCUCAUCGAUCGCCUGGAGCCACAGAAUGACAGCUGAGCAGCGGCAGAAUCUGCAAGCAUUCAGAGACUAUAUCAAGAAGAUUCUGGACCCCACCUACAUCCUCAGCUACAUGAAUACCUGGCUCGAGGAUGGUGAGGUGCAGUACAUUCAGGCCGAGAAGAACAACAAGGGCCCAAUGGAGGCCGCCUCACUGUUCCUCCAGUACCUGGUGAAGCUGCAGUCCGAGGGCUGGUUCCAGGCCUUUUUGGAUGCCCUGUACCAUGCAGGUUACUGUGGACUUUGUGAAGCCAUCAAAAGUUGGGACUUUCAAAAAAUUGAACAGUUAGAGGAACACAGGUCACUUUUAAGACGUUUAGAACCAGAAUUUAAGGCCACAGUUGAUCCAAAAGAUAUCCUUCCUGAAAUAUCCGAAUGUUUGAUUAAUCAGGAAUAUGAAGAAAUCAUGCAGAUCCGCCACAAUAAAGGGAGAAUGGCAAGUGCGGAGAAGAUGGCCCAAUGUCUUAUCAGAUCCGAUAAGGAGAACUGGCCGAAGGUCUUGCAACUUGCUUUGGAGAAAGACGACAGCAAGUUUAGUGAACUGUGGAAUGUUGAUAAAGGUUUCAAAAGGGCUGAAAGCAAGGCUGUUGAGGAUGAUGGAGCAGAGGCGUCCAGCAUACAGAUUUUCAUUCAGGAAGAGCCAGAGUGUCAGAAUCUCAGUCAGAAUCCCGGGCCUCCUUCAGAAGCGCCUUCUAACACUUCACACAGCCCAUUGAAACCAAGAAAUUACCAACUGGAGCUUGCCCUGCCUGCCAAGAAAGGGAAAAAUACAAUCAUAUGUGCUCCUACUGGUUGUGGAAAAACCUUUGUGUCGCUUCUUAUAUGUGAACAUCAUCUUAAAAAAUUCCCAUGUGGACAAAAAGGGAAAGUGGUCUUCUUUGCUAACCAAAUUCCUGUCUAUGAACAGCAGGCAACUGUGUUCUCACGAUAUUUUGAAAGACUUGGGUACAACAUUGCGAGCAUUUCCGGGGCAACAUCUGAUAGCGUCUCAGUGCAGCACAUCAUUGAAGGCAAUGACAUCAUCAUCCUAACACCCCAGAUUCUUGUGAACAAUCUCAACAACGGAGCCAUCCCCUCGUUGUCUGUUUUCACUCUGAUGAUAUUUGAUGAGUGUCACAACACCAGCAAAAACCACCCAUACAAUCAGAUCAUGUUCAGAUACCUAGACCACAAACUCGGAGAGUCGCCAGACCCACUGCCUCAGGUCAUUGGGCUGACUGCCUCCGUCGGCGUCGGAGAUGCUAAGACCACGGAGGAAGCCAUGCAACAUAUCUGCAAACUCUGUGCCGCCCUCGAUGCCUCCGUGAUUGCCACAGUCAGAGACAACGUAGCAGAGCUGGAGCAGGUCGUGUAUAAGCCCCAGAAAAUUUCCAGGAAAGUGGAAUCCCGGACUUCGAACACGUUUAAAUGCAUCAUCUCUCAGCUGAUGAAGGAGACAGAGAAGCUGGCAAAGGAUGUCUCCGAGGAACUUGGAAAGCUAUUUCAAAUUCAAAACAGAGAAUUCGGCACCCAGAGAUAUGAACAGUGGAUUGUCGGUGUCCACAAAGCGUGCUCGGUGUUUCAGAUGUCCGACAAAGAGGAGGAGAGUAGGGUCUGCAAAGCGCUCUUCCUGUACACAUCGCAUUUGCGGAAAUACAACGAUGCACUCAUCAUCAGUGAGGAUGCACAGAUGACAGACGCUCUGAAUUACCUCAAAGCCUUCUUCCACGAUGUCCGAGAAGCAGCAUUCGAUGAGACGGAGCAAGAUCUUACUCGGAGGUUUGAAGAAAAACUAGAGGACUUAGAAAAAGUUUCCAGGGAUCCCAGCAACGAGAAUCCUAAACUAAGAGACCUCUACUUGGUCUUACAAGAAGAGUACCACUUAAAGCCAGAGACCAAGACCAUUCUCUUCGUGAAGACCAGAGCACUUGUGGAUGCUCUGAAGAAAUGGAUUGAAGAAAAUCCUGCACUAAGCUUUCUAAAGCCUGGCAUACUGACUGGGCGUGGCAGAACAAACCAGGCAACAGGCCGAGGAAGAGCACGGGACAGCAAGUGCUUCCUCCUGACCAGCAGCGCUGAUGUGAUUGAAAAAGAAAAGGCGAACAUGGUCAAGGAAAAAAUAAUGAAUGAAUCCAUUUUAAGACUGCAGACAUGGGAUGAAAUGAAAUUUGAAAAGACAGUUCGCCGCAUACAGUUGAAUGAAAAACUCCUCAGAGACAGUCAACACAAACCACAACCUGUCCCCGACAAAGAAAACAAGAAACUGCUGUGUGGAAAGUGCAAGACUUUUGCGUGCUACACAGCCGACAUUCGAGUGGUUGAGACAUCCCACUACACUGUACUCGGAAAUGCUUUUAAGGAGCACUUUGUGUGUAAGCCACACCCUAAACCAAAGAUCUAUGACAGUUUUGAGAAGAAAGCAAAAAUAUUCUGUGCCAAACAGAACUGUAGCCAUGACUGGGGAAUUUUUGUGAGAUACAAGACGUUCGAGAUUCCGGUCAUAAAAAUCGAAAGUUUCGUUGUGGAAGAUAUUGCGAGCGGAGUUCAGAACCGGCACUCAAAGUGGAAGGACUUUCAUUUUGAAAGGAUACAGUUCGAUCCUGCAGAAAUGUCCAUAUGACCACGGGCUUCUCAGUCUCGCACUACAAGGAGCCAUGCCUUAAGCGUGGACUUGAUGAGCCAAUGCUUUCUAACCCAAGCUUGCACAAUCCUUUCUUACACAAGCCCGCACCGUGUUGAAUGCCAGAUAACCUGACGAGUUUGUUUCAAGCUGUUUCUGUCCACACCCAGCACACACGCCUGAACCGCAGCACCGAAUAAGUUUCUUCACCAAUAACUCAGAGCAUAGCACUUGGCCAUGGUGGGGAGGGGUUAAGCUUUUCCCUUUUACACUUUUCAGAACUGCCCGCCAGGGAAUGCGCAGCCACUCGGUACACCGAGACGCAUGGUGAUGGUGUGCUGGAAGGGUUUCUGCCCUGCUGCAAGCUGCCUUCUGCCCUUAACAACAGUGCCCUUAAGAACAGUGACUUAGUUCUUUUCCAGGCCACCAGACUGACUGCCAGAUCCACAGCACUUCUGUCCCCUGCAUUGUCCCCUGCAUUGACUCCUUUCCGGAUUUGACCCCGCCACCCUGUCACCCUCUGCAGAGUCUCCUGGUUUCUGUCUCUUCCCUGUCUUUUCUAUUGGUUUCUUUGCUGACACAAAUUUGGUGAUUGCAAGGUUCAAUGUGCACACACAUAUAUAUAUUUAAAAUGAUAUAUACUUUUAAAAUGUAAAAGACUACAGUUGACAGCUAUGCUUACUGAGACGGGAUGUCUGUUCUGUUUACUAUACAUCUUACCCUUGGCUCUCAUCUGUUCUUAUAACUUGGGCCAUUUCCCCUCUUUGAAUAGACACCUCAAACUCUGUACGUCUGUCUGUUCCCCACCUGUUUGAGACAGGGUCUCUCUGUAGACCAGAAACUCGAUAUGUAGACCAUGCUGGCCUUGAACUCACAGAUCCCCCCGCCUGUCAAGUGCCGAAAUUAAAAUCUUUCACCAUACCUGGCUCUAGCUAUUUUCAAUAAAGGCUGAUGUUUAACAUUUGGGCUACUUCCAAUUCAUUCCCUGACAUGGCUUGUUGUUGUUGCUGGUGGUGGUGUUGACUUUUUGGUGCUGUUCCUCUCUGUAGCCCUGGCUCUGUAGACCAGGCUGCCCUUGGUCACAGAGAUCUGCCAGGCCUGGAUCACCGUCCCUGCCUUGCCCUUUCUUCUUCAACAUUUUAUAUUCAAAUGACACUUCCAUGCUUCUUCUCAAGGUUUGCCAAUGCUUUGGACAGCUUAGUUUGGGGUUCUUCAGAUCAAGGGACAAGUGUCUUACUUGUAAAUUCAUCAAUUGUAGACCAUCAAUGGCCUAAACAAAACUGCAGAGAUCAUAUGACCACAUAACUCUUUUUCCAGGACAUUUAAUUUGAAGACCACCCCAAGCCCACCGGGAGCACAGUGGGUCACCCACACUCCCCAGGUCAACCCUGGAGGUCAACAGAAUGACAUGGGAUAGCACACUACUUCCCACAGAUGCCUAGAGAAAUUACCCAGCAACAUAACUCUUUGGGGAAAAAAAAAAACCCCUAUAGGGAUAAGGCUUUUAAUUGAUAGAAUAGGUAGAAAAAAAAAAGAUACAUAGUAGUUCUUGAUAGUGGUUAUUGGUAAAAUUCUUAGUGGAAUAAAAUGAAUUUGCCGAGAGCUGACUUUCACUUAUGUCUUUUAGUCUAUGUUGCCUUUCUUCGCCGCUACAGUUUAAGAACUCUACAGCUUGUACA